AUGGCUUCUUCUUCUUCUUCUUCUUCUCCCUCGCCUUGCACACUGAGUUACCACGCCUUCACGAGCUUCCACGGACCUGACGUCGGUAAAACCUUUAUCAGUCAUCUACACAAACAGUUUACCAGCAAUAGGAUUACGAUGUUCGAUGAUGAAGGAAUCGAGAGAGGACACACCAUCGACCCUGCUCUCACACAAGUGAUUAGAGAAUCAACGAUCUCUAUCGUGGUGCUCACCAAGAACUAUGCUUCUUCCAGCUGGUGUUUGGAUGGCCUUUUGGAGAUUUUAAAAUGCCGGCAAGCUGGUAAACUAAUAGUGAUGCCAGUCUUCUACGGAGUGCGACCAAAUGAUGUGCAGAGACAGACCGGAGAUUUCGGGAAAGGUUUCGAGAAAACUUGUCGUGGUAAAACAAUCAAGGACAAGGGAAGAUGGAUUCAAGCUUUGAACAAAGUGUGCAGUUUGAAGGGGUUUAUCUUCAGUCCCAGGGACGACGAAUCAGAGCUAUUUGAAAAGAUUGGUAGAGAAGUGACAGGAAUCUUACAGAGGAUUGAAUAUCUUAUUGCUAGAGAAGACACGCUAAAUCCUACAACUUCGACCAACAAAAGCCGGUGUUCCAUUGAUUUGGUCUUCCUCGUAGUCAUCAUCAAUUUGCUCCUGGAGAUUACAUCAGCGGUUGCAGACCAGCUCUCUUCAUCAACUCGCAAGCCUUAUUUCGCAAGAAUCUCUUUGGUUAUGUCAAUUCUCUCUCUUAUCCUCACCAUCAUUGACUUCACUGACAAAAUCAGAGUCCAUAAAGUUCAUUUCCGAUGCAAGUUGCCUAUUCCUUGGUUCUACUAUCCAGCACGUGACUACAGUACAAGAUUUGGUAGUUCCACAGAUAAUAUCUUAUUAUUCUGUGUUGCUGGUCAGUUAAUAGUCUCCACGAUCAAUUUCAGCUUCACUGAAAGAGGACGAGACGGUCCCAUUAAAGUAUCAGUGUGGCCUCUCGUAUUUGCUAUUGGUAUAGUUGUCUCCAAGUUCACGGAGAAGCCACCCAUUUCGAAGAAUAAUUAA